UUAAUUAAAACGUAUUGAUUAAAUAAAUAAUGGAUACUCCCUCUUAUCAGAAAUUAGAACAACGAUUUCGAAAUGUGAACUAUGAAAGUAACGAAAGUCAAUCAAAUGAUGACAUUUAUGAUUUAAAUCCUCACUCGAUUUAUAAUAUUCCAGAACCGCCUACUGAAGAAGAUCCAUUGACUAAAGAAAAAAAUGAUAAUUGUUGUAAUUGUAAAUGUUCAAAAGGUGGAUUUGGAGUAAUUUGCUGUUGCUUUUUUAUUUUAUCCGUUGCAAUUACAGCAGCUUUAAUAUUACAAAUUAAAUAUGGAGAAAAUAUUCCUCAAGGUCAAACAAAUCAUGGAGCCGUUGCUACAGAUUAUACAAAUUGUUCUCAAAUUGGAACGAAAAUACUCAGAAAAGGAGGUAAUUCUAUAGAUGCUGCGAUUGCUGCCACUAUUUGUAUGACUGUUGUUGCACCACACAAAACCGGUCUUGGCGGAGGUGGAUAUAUGAUGAUUUACAAUCAAAGAGGCCAAGAAACUCCUCUUAUUGUUGACUUUGUAAAAAAUACAGUUGAUGGACAAUUUCUAAAAGCUAAUACAAGAAUACCGGCAAUAUUAAAAGCCUUGGAAUUGCAACAAUCUUUACAAGGCAAAUUAUCAUGGCACGAGUUAAUUGAACCGUCAAUUUUAUUAGCUAGAAAUGGAUUUAUCGUGUCGAGAGAAUUUGCUAAUGAAAUAUCAAAACACACUGAUUAUGAAAAAAAAUUUGAUUCCGUUCAUGGAGGAGAAACGUUUACAAGAUUAAAUUUCUCGAAAACUUUGGAAUUGAUCGCUCAACAUGGUGCUGAUGUCAUCUACAAUGGUUCAUUGUCAAAGGAAAUUACGGAGAAAAUCGGCAAUGACGAGGGGCUUUUACAAGAUUUGGCAAAUUAUAAACCACAAGUUUACACAGCAAAUAAAAUGACGCUUUUUCAACACUCAAUAUUUUAUCCACCAAAUGCGAAUCUUUUAGAAUUAUCACUGAGAGAUCUGAAUAAACUUCAUUUGCAGAAGGAUAACGCUUCUACAAUCGAAGCACAAAUACAAGUCGCCGAUACUCUAAUUAAUGCAAAUCUCAUCAGUCAAGAUUUAAGUAUAUCGCAACGUAAAUACACUGGUGUCGUCGCAAUUGAUUGGCAAGGAACUUAUGUAUCAAUUGUGACAGGUUUAAAUAAACCGUUAAAUGUGUCACUACUAAUGGACAGCGGAUUUUUUCUGGACACGGUUGACGAUUUUGACGAAUUAAUGUCAUUAACACCAAUAUUGUUUCAUGACAAUGUGCCUAUUUGUGGAUUAAGUGGUUCAUUUAAUUCAGAUGAUCCUAUUGUGACUGGACAAAUUCUUUAUAAUUUUCUCGCACGUGAAUUGAAUCUAUCAGAUUCAAUAGAGUAUCCAAGAUACUAUUUAUUACCUAACGGAGUAACAAUUGAAAGUGAUCAAAAUUUUGCCAUCGAUCCGGCAGUGACAAGUCAUUUAAAUGUCAUUAAUUCUUCACAAGUCAAUGGAAAUUCCUUAUUGAAGAGUAUUAACAUGAUUAUCGAGAGAAGAAAUACAAUAUCAAGUCAUUCAGAUAGUCGAGGGGAGGGUUUAGCUUCUCGAUUUUGAAAUUCUUUUUUAUAUUCAUAUACAAUUAAAUGUUUCCUGGGGAAACGUUACAGACUGAUGGGUGAAAAAAAACUUUUGUGUACUUAAAAAAUACUGUAAAACGAAAGUAUUUAUUAACUGUAAUUUAUUGUUAAUUGUUUACUUAUUUUUAUACAAUAAACGUGCCUUUUACGUGUUUAAAA